CAAUGCAAAGAGAUUCUCCACUGUCGGUGGCAUCCAUCCGCCGAAACAAGCUUUGAACCAUUCGACGAACCGCAUGAUUAGCCAAACUGAUUUUACAGUCGCGCGAUCCGACCACCUUAACCUCUCCAAAACUUCGACUCAUCGUCUUAUCUCCUGCCUUUACACCCUUUUCUUGGCAAGUCUUGUCGGAUCGUCUGUCGGCCCCGUUUCCUGGGCCGAGCAAGAACCGUUUCUUGGGCUCGAGCCCGGGGACUCCGUCCUCGUCGGAGGGCUCCCGGCGGCCGUCGGCGCGCCAGGUCAACGGGGAGCGGGAGAAUCCGAGGUAACCACUGCCCCCGACGAGACGAAAGGGGCCGCUGUUGUUUUGGCUGCGACAACCCGGGAUCAACUUCUUUUUUCUUCCCGAUAAACGUACGUUACAGUGGCUGUCGGCUUCUGCUGAUUGGGUAGGAAGGAAAAGAUCCCGUCUUGCGCGGUCAUCAUUAUCUUCUUGGUUUUGGGUCGGGGCGAAAAUAUGGUGUUGAUCAGUAGCUCGAGUACGGUUUGGAUCCGCCACAUUCUCGCUUGUAUGGGUGGUUGCUUUGGGUGCUAUUCUAAGCCCACACCAAUCAUAGCUGUGGAUGAACCGAACAAGGGGCUUCGAAUUCAAGGGCAGACUGUGAAGAAGCCCAGUUUUUCCGAUGAUUUCUGGAGCAGCAGCACCUUUGAUGUGGAUAAUGGAGCUUUGCAAUCUCAGAGAAGCUUGUCGUCAAUCAGCACAUUGACUCUUAAUCAGAGCAACGAUUCUGAGUUUGUAAAUCACGGCCUUAUAUUAUGGAAUGAGAGCAGGCUGCAAUGGAUUGGAAAUGGGAGCUCCAGGAAUCAAAAUAAACAGAAGCGUGGGCGUACAUUGAGUUGGAAUACCACUUAUGAAAGCGUACUUGCUAGGAGAACUCCUUUCGCCAGGCCUGUCCCUUUAUCGGAAAUGAUAGAAUUCCUGGUUGAAGCCUGGGAGCAGGAGGGCAUGUAUGACUAAGAAAGUAUGUCGCCGAGAAGUUCCAUGUGUGUAGCCUGCAUUGAUUCGUGAUCUUACUCAGCCUCUUUAAUGUAACACAAGAAACAGCUGAUGAUGUGAAGAAAGGUCUCUGUCUCAGUUCUAACACCCGCUGUGAUUCUGCCCAGGUCUGCUUGAACUUUUAUGUUCUCCAUGCCGGACGCUGACCAUGUGCUGUUGUAUAUCUGAUUUGGAAUGUACAGAUUAAGCUUGUUGGUUGUUGUAUAUUAGCAUAAGAUGCCGUCAGUUGCUGAACCUGGCGGGCGGUGUAAUAUGAUGUAACGCUUGGUGGGUGCAGUAUCAACUAUCAAGAUUGGAAAGCAGAUGAUGUUGUCGCCGUUCCGAUUUUGUAGUGGCUAGGGAAGCUAUGUUUGUGAAUCUUGGUUAAGUUGCAGUGGGCCGUAGGUGUACGACAUGUGGAAAUGCCGCAAAAGGCGAUGAGAUGACGCGACCGACGAUCCUGAAGCUUUCAGGGAUAAGAAAAGCUGUCGCGGAAACUCGCUUUGAAAAUUCAGCAGAGCAAUUCGGUUUGUUUUGGAGGAGUUAACGGUGUUCAAUAUGACGGCAUGUUGGUGCCGCUAUACUUGAAAAGGAUGACAAUUGCAUUGUGGACGGUGGUGUGGCGUCUUCAGAAGCAAAUCUUUCUUCUUAACAGUUCUCCAAUGUUAUAAUUACCGGUUUGGUCCA